AUGCACGCAGUCCUUUUGCCUAUGCUCAAAUCAGUACUGUACAGCGCAAAUAUCAGUGACAUCCUCAUGCGCUUCACACACCCUGUUCUUGACAUCAUCACAUGGCUUCCCUACCAAGUCAUCCAUUAUACCUUCCUCCUUGUUCUAACCAGAUUCCUUUAG